AGCUAUUAUUUCCUACAACACACACAGACAUUUUUAGUGAAAUAAAUACACUGCCUCAUCACUUUUGUUGUCUGACUGUGAGCGACAGACUUUUCUAAUCUUCUCCUCUCGUCAUUGCUUUUGAACUCCUGAAAAAUAAAGAUAGACAACAGUAUUCUCAGCAUCUGUGUUUGCUAGAUCUACACUGAGGGAUUUGACUGAAUCAAGAUGCUGCUGAUCAUUGAAGCUCUUCUCAUUUUAGCUGCUCUACAGGAUCACAGAGCUACUGCUACUUUUGAAAAGUCAUUUCCAUUGGAUAUGGCACUGAAUUCAGUUGAUGACCAAUUUGAGGGUUGUAGAAAGAAAAUGGCAAACCUGGUAGAGACAAAAUAUCUAAAGAAGCAAAUCAACAACUCAACUGAUUUUAAAAUUGCAUGGAAUAAAGGGAAAGACUUCAUCAAGACCCCACAUGACAAAAACCUGACAAAUAAUCAUUUAAUCGCUAUUUAUGUGUACAGUGAUAGUAAUGUAUUUAAGCAUUUUAAUCCUGACACUCGUGACGGUAAAAAACAGUACAAACAAACGAGAUACAAAUGGUAUUCACUUCACUUUCUGUUAACAGAUGCGAUACAGAUUCUGAAGAAAACACAAAAGAAAUGCUAUUCAACUUUUCGUGGUACCAAAGCUAAAUUUAAGAAGCAUGUUCUGAACAAAGAGGUUUGUUUUGGCCAGUUUGCUUCAUCCUCUCUUGAUUGUGAAAAAGCUCAAGGUUUUGGAAAUGUUUCUUGUUUUGAAAUCCACACGUGUGAAGGUGCAGAUGUGUCAAAAUACUCUAAGCUUCCUCAUGAGAAAGAGGUGCUGAUUCCUCCAUAUGAGAAGUUUAAAGUCACUGCUGUCAAGACAAGAAAAGGUCAGAAAGAUCCCUGGUGUGACACUGCGUAUGUGUUGAAAAGCUCUGGAAACAGAAGUGACCUGAACUGUGCUCUAUUCAAGAAACCAACCAAGACCAUAAUAAAGUAAUGUGUUGUGCGCUGAAAAAAUGCUUAAAUUCAAAUGAUAAAAUCAUGUACAUCAGUUCCACAUAUAAAGAAUGUUCUUCUCUCAGUUCUGUUCAAUAAUUCUUUGUCAGAAAACACAA